AUGGUUCUCCUUGCCUUGCUUGCAAGGUGGAUGAAGGAACAUGAGAAUGAAAUUGAAACUAUAGAAGAUGGUAACCCAGAUAUAGAUACUGAAGUGGCUUUUGGAAACAAUCCAAAUAUUGAUUGUACUGGUUCACUCGAUGAUACUCUGCCUAUUCUAACCCCAUAUGGAAACUAUUGCCAGGUGAUGAAUAUUUCUGAUGAAGAUAAUGAAGAAUCUGAUCAGAAUAUUAUGGAUCAUGAACAAGUAAUCAUACCAACAAUUCAGAGUCAAAGAAGUUUACAAGAAUUGUUGAGUGAGUUUAUUCAGAGUGUUCAGGUUGAUGAUGUCAGCACUGUUAUCAUUCGAAGAUCUAAAAUCCUGAGAACUACUCUAAAAGCCAUUAGUAAGAAUGGGUUUAAUAUAAGAGGAAAGCUUUUUGUGGAGUUCAGUGGGGAGGAUGCUCAUGAUGACGGUGGACCACGGAGAGAAUUUCUAAGGUUGUUAAUGCAGGAAGUUGGUGCUAGUAUGGGGAUUUUUGAAGGGGACCAGUUAACCAGAGUUUUCAGCCACAAUGUACGCCUAAUCAGUGAUAUGAUGUAUUUCAAGGGUGGACAACUUGUUGCCAUGUCAUUGCUAAAUGGAGGUCCUGGUCUUCAGUGUAUGGCUGAUUCGGUUUACAACUACAUGAUUGGUAUUGAACCGGGAAAUCUCACAAUUGACUUGAUUCCAGAUAGUGAUAUGAGAGUUAGGGUACAAGAGCUUCAGAAAUGUUCCACUUCAAUUGAAUUAAAUAAGUUUAUUGAGCAAAAUGGUGACUGGAUUGCGGAUAAUGGAUAUCCUGAUAUCUUCACCAGUGAUAUCAAAGAUGUUGAAGAAAUUUGCCAUUUUCUUCUGUUACAACUAAUUUUGUUCAGAUCUAAAGCUGAAAUGGAUCAGUUUUUCUGUGGCCUGAAUGAUGUUGGAGGCCUGGGUCAGAUUAUAAAAGAAAACCCUGAUCAGUUCAGGGACCUGUUCAUUGAUCGGGGAAAAACGACUUUGCCGAAAGGACAUAAAGAGCCUGUACCAAAUUGA